AGGAGAAGAAGGAGGAGGAGAAGGAGAAACAAAAGAAAGAGAGAAUAAAAGAAAUAAGAAAUAAUCAAAAAUGACUCAAAUGUUGUUGUUACAAGAACCUGGUUGGAAAUUGGAGAGAAAAGGUUCAGAUCUUUUAUUAAGAAGAGAUGAUGACAGUUCUUGUGAAAAAAGAAGAAGUCGAGUUUGCUUCAGAUGCCAUGUAGACGUUCGAGAAUUUGAGAGGGACGAUGUAAUCGAAGAUUAUGGGGUAGAAGUAAAGACGGAAACAUCGUCGAGCCCUUUGGCAAUGUGUGCAAGUUGUUUGGCAGCCCUUUGCGUUACCAUCAUACUUCCAUGGCUCUUGAUCGGUGGUUAGACUUCUUCACCUUGAAAAAGCAAACAUCGUCUAUGGGAUAAAUGUGUUGAUAAAGUGUGUCUUUGUUCUAUCAUAGAACAACACUGUAGAAAUAAAAGAGACAGGAAGAAACAAUACAUGAAUGAAUGAAUGAAUGAAUGAAUGAAUGAAUGAAUGAAUGAAUGAAUGAAUGAAUGAAACGAAUAUGUUAUGUUAGGAUUUUGCAUAGCAAUGAAAAACUUGACAAGAAUUAUGAUGAAGAACAAGAACAAGAAGAAUG